CGCAACUUUUGAGAGUUGAGGUAAGCAAUUGAUUAAGUUGGUAUUGCUCACCGCAUUGGCCUUAAACAAAAGACUUGUGAUGGAGCAGGACCAUUCGUGGCCAAGAGGCCGACAUGGAUGGAAUAGUGAUAGUAUGGCGCUGGGUCUGAGGGAAGGGGAUCCUCAGUCUCCCAGAAGGAUGCACCACUCAGGCUCACCCUCACACAAGUUCAGACAAAAUAGACCAGUUUGGGAUGACACUGUACAUGACUUGGCUUCCAUGAGACUGACUCCAGCUGAAUUAGCACGGAAACUUGCAGCUCGUCAGUCUUCUAAUAAGGUCAUUGCAAGAGCACAGCUGCUGGAACAAAGCCGAAGACCAGGAUCUUAUAGUCCAAACCUGCCUCCUUCCUUGGCUGCCAGGCUUCAAGCUGCUAGGCAACAGAAGGUGGAUUCAUUACUGGCUCAAUCCAAUACAACCUUGCUGGCUUCACAGAAAAUUCGAUACUCUGAGACGCGGGCUAUGCAAGAUUUAAAAAUGAUACAUCAACAGCGGAAACCUGAUGGAGAAGAGGACACAAGGUUAAGUGAAGGUGAUGUCAGACCAGGUGAUGUGCCCAGGAAAAUCUCUCAACAACAGGAUGGUGGUGGUGACACUUCCACUACCGGUAAUCAUGAUCAAAUGAGAGCUUCAGGAGUUGAAACUAAAGUUGAGAAAACCAAAUCACUAAAUCAAAACAGCAAAGCAGAAACUUCUGUUGUCACUUUAAAGGAAUCAAGACAAAGAGAGCUAGCAGAGGACACAGCAAAGCAGAGGGCCAUGUCCUCAUCAUCAAGAUUGACUAAAGAUACAAGGAAACCAGUUGAGAGCAGCCAUGGGGCAGCAACAAGGACCAGCUUAGAUCAUACAAUAACGAUGGUGGUGAACACAUGCAGAGAACUUUGGCUGCAACUAGAGGAGGAAAGACUUACUAGGGAACGACUUCAACAGCAGCUCCAACAACAAGGGAAUGUUAUAACUACAUUGACUGCAGAGUUGUUGCAGAUUCAAGAUCAGCAAGAAGCAAUCCUGCGGGAGGUAAGCGAUGCUCGUGCCUCAGGCCUCUGGGGAGUUGAGGGAGAUUUAAGUGGUGGCAGCAGUGGCAGUACUGAUGGUGGGGAUGACUUAAUCAGUACCCAGACAUCUAGUGGUAGGAUUACUGGAGGAAGACCCAGCCCUCAGCCACUAUCCACCCGCCACCCUCAGAGGUCCAUCCUUAGGGCCACUCGUACCAUUCCCCCACCACAUAUGCGACAGCCACCUCCAUACCAGAUGCAUCAUCAGACAGCAAGAACUCAUCAACAAGAUUCGCAUUUACCACCGUCUCAUCAAUCCCCACAUUCACCACGCCCUCAUCAACCCCCACAUUCACCACGCCCUCAUCAACCCCCACAUUCACCACGCCCUCAUCAACCCCCACCGCCCUCAUCUUCCACCACGCCUCAUCAAACACUCACAUUCACCGCCCCCCUCAUCAUCAACCCCCACAUUCACCACACCCUCAUCAACCCCCACAUUCACCACGCCCUCAUCAACCCCCACAUUCACCACGCCCUCAUCAACCUGCAUUACAUCCGCAUUCACAGUCUCACACACCAUCUUUAUGUCCACCAGAAAUAUCUUCAUCACAAGAUCAGGGAUGCACUGGUAAGUGAACAGUGUACAUCUAAUGUGCCUGAUGGAAAAACUCUUUCCACUCACUCAGACUUUUCCAAGUUGUCACAUGAGGGCUCAGCAGAAGUGAAGUCCUCUGACAAGAAUGUGAGAGGCAUGGGAGAGAAGCAGGCUGUUGCAGCAGCUAACAAAGAAAAUAGUCUCAUUUCAGUGAGGGAAGAGAGUGUCAUGGACUCAUCAAUUGCAGAACUGCUUGAAAAGAAGAAAUAA